AUGGAUUCAUCUAGAAUCCAGUCGUACACGCCGACCCUAAAUCGCAAUCUAUCCCUUCAUUCAGAAACGGACGAUCGACCGCUUCCGUUGUCCUCGUCCGGAACCAGACCUAGACGCCAAAAAUCAUUAGUGAGACCGGAACGCGAACGGAUUGACGAAAAUCAUCGCCAGUACCACUAUCGACAAAGAGCCACAAAUCGUAAUAAUAUUGAACCUAGUACAACCGGCAGUCGACCUGGUGCUGUUGCUACCGCUGCUGCUGGCGCCAUUGUCACUGCUACCGUUGCUUCUACCAGCCAAGUCGGAACUGCUUCUGGUGGUGCUGUCGCUGGUGCUUCUGCUAUUACCCCUGGCUAUGCCGCAGGACCUAGAAAGCGAUACUCGUCCGGCAGACGUGGUGACGGUCAUCAUCAUGCGCCUGUUCGCCGUGGCCAAAGCAUCCUAGGCCGUAGCGAGAAAUACAGUCGACGGUCGCCAGACGAGGACGAUGACGAAGGCGUUGUUGGUGCUGUUGAUUUUACUGAAGAAUCGCAUCGCAGCUUCUCAGCACGCUUGUGGAUCACUUAUUGCCGCCUCCUUACAUGCUGUAUCCCAAAUCCGCUAUUGCGUUGCAUGGGUAUUCCAAAUGGCCCUGCACAGCUAGCAUGGCGUGAAAAGAUCGGCCUAGUAUCAUUUAUCUUGUUCGUCAUGGGCUUUGUCGGUUUCCUGACUUUUGGCUUUACACAAGUAGUAUGCCCAACACCGCCAAUGUCAGUUCAUGGUGGGUCUGUCGGCCAGGGCUACCUUGUCAUCCGUGGCUGGGCAUUCAUGCUUGCGGAAUGGAAUGGUCAUCCGCCAGUACAAGAUCAGACAAGUGAGCCGACCAAUGUGCUAUACCCUCCGAUUGACGCCGGCGGUAUGGACGGCUCGUUCCUGUUUCAGGAAAUAAACCCGCCUGAAUGCACCAAGGUGCUUCCACGUAAAACCUCUGGCUUGAUUUCCUUAACUGCGCCACAGGCACCUCCACAAGUCUACUUUCCAUGUCAAAUGUUUAAUCCAAAUGAUACCACCACCAAGCAGCUAUCGCAUAAUUUGACGUCGGGAUGCCAUUUGUCUCCUACAGCACGCAGCAUGUACAGCGAGUUCAAGAUCAAUGGUGUACCUCGUACUGAUGGCUCUGGCAUCGACAAGGUUGGCCGUGUCUAUUACGACUGGGACAAUAUUAAUAGUACCGACUACUUGAUGGUGUACAACGGUGACGUUCUGAAUCUACGCCUCCUCCAGUUGCUGCCCGUCUCGAGUUACGAUAUCAAAAACUCUAGUCUGAUCGCCAGCGUUCUUUCGGAUACGGCCAAGUAUGGCGGCAAAGACAUGACCCGUGCAAUUGCAGCUACGCGUGCUGCGAAUGGCACCACCUGGGAAGACGAAGCCAAAUGUUUGUCGUUACUUAUCAAGGUUGGAUCCGUAGACACGCUCAGCAUCGGCUGCAUGGCGUCCGAGAUAGUCCUGUACCUGUCCCUGGUGGUCAUCCUCGGCGUAAUAUUCACCCGCUUCUCCCUGGCCGUCAUCUUUGGCUGGUUCCUCAGCUGGCGACUGGGCACUUUCAAGGAAGGCUCGUCGUACGCUGCUCGAAUGCAGCGUGAGGCUGAACUCGAACAAUGGACUCGCGAUAUUAAUGUAGCUGCUCCCUUAGCCGAACGUCCUCGAAUUCCGCCGCCGCCGAUGCCGAUCAAAAAGCGCAGCUUGUUGCCACAGACUUCGCGUUUCACCCAGCCUAUGCCUAAUUCGACUCGAUUUGACGCUGACCGGUCGCCUACACCUAUUUGGAAGACGCCGUCAAGUACACUUGAAGACUAUACAACCCGACGGUUUUCCUAUUUUCAAACACCAACACCUUCGCCCUCUCCAUCGUCGCGCUACUUGCCUGCCACCGCAGCUGCCAGUCUGCGCAGAUCUUCGAUAUCAUCUUCAGAGUUACAGAGCCACAGUGGUGGAGCAACAACGCUGGCACCUAGUCCAGUAUGUCCACACCCUGUCUCGCCGAAUGCCAUAGCGCAACCGCCUUCCGACUAUAUGCCUUUUAACUAUCCGUUGGCGCACACCAUCUGUCUCGUGACAUGCUAUUCCGAAGGUCUGGAUGGCGUCCGAACAACAUUGGAUUCAAUUGCAACCAGCGACUAUCCAAACUCACACAAGCUCAUUCUGGUCGUUUGCGACGGCAUAAUCACUGGGCACGGCGAAAGCAUGUCCACCCCCGACGUGUGUAUUUCCAUGAUGCACGACUUUGUAGUACCACCUGAGCAGGUUGAAGCAGCCAGCUAUAUCGCAAUUGCUGACGGUUCCAAGCGCAACAACAUGGGAAAAGUCUAUGCCGGCUAUUAUCACUACGAUGAUGCCACUGUUGAUCCAGAGCAUCAGCAACGCGUUCCUAUGAUUACCAUUGUCAAAUGCGGCACACCUGAGGAGGCCGACGAAAGAAAACCAGGCAACCGUGGCAAGCGCGACUCGCAGAUUAUUCUUAUGCAGUUUAUGCAGAAAGUUAUGUUUGAUGAGCGCAUGACAUCCAUGGAAUAUGACUUCUUCAACGCCAUCUGGCGCGUCACUGGUAUUCCCGCUGACCGAUACGAGAUUGUGCUCAUGGUCGAUGCCGAUACCAAGCUGUUCCCUGACGCUCUUUCCCGAUUAGUCUCCUGUGCAGUCAAGGAUCCCGAAAUCUCUGGUCUAUGUGGCGAGACUAGAAUUGCCAACAAGACUGCUAGUUGGGUUAGCAUGAUUCAAGUGUUCGAAUACUAUAUCUCCCACCAUCAGAGCAAAGCAUUCGAGUCAAUCUUCGGUGGCGUCACCUGUUUGCCUGGCUGCUUUUGUAUGUAUCGCAUUAAGGCUCCCAAGGGCCCGAACGGUUACUGGGUGCCAAUUCUUGCCAAUCCUGAUAUUGUCGAGCAUUACUCCGAGAACGUAGUCGAUACGUUGCAUAAAAAGAAUUUGUUGCUUCUCGGUGAAGAUCGAUAUCUGUCGACUCUAAUGUUGCGCACCUUCCCCAACCGCAAAAUGAUGUUUGUCCCUCAAGCAGCAUGUAAGACUAUUGUUCCAGACACAUUUAGUGUGCUACUGUCACAGCGACGACGAUGGAUCAACUCUACAAUUCACAACUUGAUGGAAUUGGUGCUCGUCCACGACCUCUGCGGCACAUUUUGCUUCUCGAUGCAGUUUGUCGUAUUCAUGGAGCUUGUUGGAACACUUGCUCUACCUGCUGCCAUUUCAUUUACAUUGUAUUUAAUUAUCCUUGCCAUUCUCGGAAAGCCGGCCAUAAUCCCCCUUAUUUUACUUGCACUGAUUCUGGGUUUGCCCGCUGUACUAAUCGUCAUGACAAGUCGCAAGCUUGUCUAUGUCGGUUGGAUGAUCAUUUAUCUCUUUUCCCUCCCCAUAUGGAACUUUGUCCUGCCCACUUAUGCCUACUGGCACUUUGACGAUUUCUCGUGGGGCGAUACCCGUAAAGUCGAAGGUAGUGGUGGAGGCGACAAGCAUGGUCAUGGCGAUAAGGAAGGUGAAUUCGAUGCAAGCCGUGCAACAAUGAAGAAAUGGAGCGAUUAUGAAAAAGAGCGUCGUAUCCGAUCUGCUAUCGAUAAUAACAUGCCAUUGCCGCGGUUCAUGGAAGACCGUCCGCGAAGUUACAUGGAUCUCUAUGCAGAAACGCUUCAGCACAACAAGUUGAAGCGACAAGGUAACCAUAGUGGAUCUGAAUCAUCCAACAGCGAUACACCCUUACAGCAACAGCGGGGUGACUACUUGGAUCAUCCCAUGUCAAAUAUGUCGUUGCCAUCCCCACAAUUUAUGCAGCAAGAAGGUGCGCCAGGAGGACCUCGAUCACCGAGACCCUCACCUUCUUCUACGAGUAUCAAUACCCGUCGUUACUCGGCACAGCGUACGAGACCUCCACAACCACCACCCCAUGAGAACGCGUGA